AUGAAUGGAAAGCCGUCGGACUUGUGGUACGGAUAUGGAGUCUGGGUACGGGAUCAGGGGAAAACGGGACUGGAUACAGCACAAAACCGCCGGCCCGGAAACUCUGCAGAAGGACAGAAGCGACAAUGGAAGCCCGGGUCGUCUGGUUCUCCUGUCUCGCACAAUCGCACCGCUACGACACAUGGUGAACUGCAGUGCUUUGCUGCGGCGAAAGACGUCGUCGCCAUCGAGGCUCAGCCAGUGGUGGUCGAGAAGUCAAGAACCCUGUUUCCGGGUUGUGUUGUCGGGUUGUCAGCAAACAACUCAGACAACUGCAGGGCCAAAGUCCAGUUUCAGUGUCUCAGUUCGAGUUGA